AAACCGCAUCUCUCCUCUGAAAUUCCAAUUCACUGCACAACACGAACAAAGCUACCAAACAUGGAGGCAAAGGCAUCGCCCGGCGCCGGAGCAAAGAAACCCCACUUCGUCCUACUCUCCAGCCCCGGCAUCGGCCACCUGAUCCCCGUCCUCGAGCUCGGCAAGCGGCUCGUCACCCACCACAACGCCGCCGUCACCGUCUUCGUCGUCGCCUCCCGCUCCUCCCAGGCGGAGACCGAACUGACAACCGAGGCCGCCGCCGCCGCCGGAGGAGCGCCUGGGAGCGGGAACUUCUUCAACGUGGUGAGACUACCGCCGCCGGACCUCUCCAACGUGCUCGACCCAGCGGCGGCGAUGGUCACGCGCCUCUGCGUGGUCAUGAGGGAACUGAUUCCCGCGAUCCGGGCGGCGGUCCAGUCACUCGCGGUCCGACCGACGGGUCUGGUUGUGGAUCUGUUCGGAACCGAGUGUUUUGUGGUGGCCGAGGAGUUGGGGAUAGCGAAAUACGUGUUGGGCACUUCGAAUGCGUGGUUUACUGCUCUGACGAUCCAGUUGCCGGUUUUGGAUGGAGAAGUGGAAGGAGAGUACGUUGAUCAGAAGGAGCCGCUCGAGAUCCCCGGGUGUCGUUCGGUUCGACCGGAUGAGGUGGUCGACCCCAUGUUGGACCGGAAGGAUCAGGUUUACAUCGAGUACAGGCGCAUGGGGGUCGAGUUCCGGAAAGCCGACGGUAUUCUGAUAAACACGUGGGAAGAUUUGGAGCCCACUACCCUCGCCGCACUGCGAAACGACGACUUCUUCGGCCGUAAGGUCAUACAGGGAGACAUUCUAGCUAUUGGUCCGUUGGUUCGAUGUCCAACCAGACCAUCGAACCCGACCAGCCAGGACUUGUUCUCCUGGCUCGACAAGCAACCCAACGAGUCGGUGGUGUACGUUUGUUUUGGCAGCGGUGGGAACCUCUCCCCCGAGCAACAGAUCGAGCUGGCCCAUGGGCUGGAACGCAGCCAGCAACGGUUCCUCUGGGUGGUCCGUCGGCCCACGGGUGUAAAGGACUCGGCCUUCUUCAGUUCAGGAAAGUCCGAGGAGGAUACCAAAGGGAUUCAUCAUGACUUGGACAGCCGCUACGGCUUGCCAGUGGGUUUCGUGGAGAGGACGCGGCACGUGGGGCUGGUGGUCCCAGAGUGGUCCCCGCAAUCUGAGGUUUUAAGCCACGUGGCGGUGGGAGCAUUCGUGUGCCAUGGUGGAUGGAACUCGACGCUGGAGAGCGUGCGGAGCGGGGUGGCGAUGAUGAUGUGGCCGCUGUACUCGGAGCAGAGGAUGAACGCGACGUUGGUGGCGGAGGAGCUCCAGCUGGCGUCGAGGACCGAAACGAUGCCGUGGAGGGGAGUGGUCGGGAGGGACGAGGUGGAAGGGAUGAUUAGGGAAGUGAUGGUGGGUGAGAAAGGGAAAGGGGUAAGAGAGAGGGUGAAAGCAGCUCAACGUAGUGGGGAGAAGGCAUUGAAAGAAGGUGGCUCGUCUUAUAAAGCUUUGGAAAUGGUGGACGCAUCGGCCAAGAGCGCCGACGUCAACACACACUUUCUGGUGCAGUUACAGCAGGAGAGGAUGGUGGCACUGGUCACCAGCGGUUCAUCCCACAACGUCAUUAACCGCAACACGGCUCGGGAAUUGUUGCUCGCUGCGCCACUGUUCUGUCUUUCACCGUCAAGGUCGCAAAUGGUGAUGUGCUACACUGCGAUUGAUGCUACAAGGACGUCGAGUUAA